CCACAGUUUCCAUGGACAAGACAUGACAGCACGGUCAAAUGAGCGAAUGGAGAGAUCGAGGCUAUGUCCCGGACUCGGAUGAGGAUGAUCUUGUUCGGGAUGAGCUCGAAGACUUUCAUAGCAACACGCAGCCGACGACGACCACAACACGACCGCAGAGACAAGCUUCCGUAGAACUGCUCGGUGAUUCUGGAGCCGACAAUGCACAACAUGAAGUCCCUGGUCUACAGGAAGAGAGCGCUGGGCCGCCGACAAAUGCUCCGAGAUACUGGGAACCAAUAACGAGUCCCAUCACUGAGCGACACGAGCCUCCGCGACGGGGCCUCCAGCGGGCACCGAGUCCGACUCUCUCCCUGCCAGAGGCUCCUGAAGACUCGACUCACCAAUCCGUGGAGCCUUCACACCAGACACUCACUCACACCGCCCGCCAUGUACCACGAGCCACUCAACUGCAACCUUCGGCAGGGCAACCAAUAGUCUUGAUCACCCAGCAUAGAAGAGCACAAUCGCCUCCUGACUCGACCAACAUGAACGCCAGAACCUAUAGCCGGAAGCUCAAGCCCGGAGCUUUGAAGAGCAUCAAGAGCAUCAAGAGCACGCCAAGUGCAAGACAUGAGGAGGAGAAGCAUGACGACUUCAUGGACAUCGAUGCCCUGCUUGCUGGAGACAGUACGACACAGCAAGCUCCACCUCCGUCUGCGCCCUUGGUCGCACCUUCCCGCACCGAACGACGCUGGUCUGUAUCUAGCUCGGACCUCUCGGAUGUUGAUAUGCAGCUCCUUUCUUCUCCACAGCCCUUCUUUGCUCAUUUCGAGAGCACGGCAAGAACAAACGAAUCCAUCCCGACACUGACAAGUCAGCCCGUAGCCACUCAUCUGGAAAGCGCCAUCGACGCCUUGUCUGAGCAGCAUCUUGCUGCCCUCGCUGCUCACCAACCACGACGCAAUCUUCGAACUCGGAAAGCAAUUCAGCUGCAUCCAUAUCUCAUCGAAAUUGAACAAUACCGUCGCUCGCUCAAAGCUCGUGGUCUCCGUCCGAUUCAACUUGCCACCAACAGCCAACGACCGCGAGCUCAGGACGAUUCUCAAGAUGCCGAGUUUCGUCAAGAAGAGAGUCAGCCCCGCCAUCAACGUGCCGCAGAUACUCAAGAAUCCACUCCACCUGACUCGUCUGCUGCAUCGACUCAUAUCCAGCCGCCGCGUCUGGAUUUGACUGAUCUAAUGCUUGACGAUGGCGAUGAAUUCCCCGAUCUUGAUGCUGCCAUCCGUCGACAUGUCAUCGCGGGCACUCAAGUUGGGCACAAACGUCGCAAAACCCUGCAGACUCCGCAUGCAGAGCAACAUGAUGGAACACUAUCUCGAUCAACAUCCAGAGCUAUAGGAAAGCUGAGGUUUCUCAACCUCACACGAGCACAUACCAGCGCUCUCAAUCCAGAUCUACUGCCUCCUUCACCUCCCAGAACAUCAAGCCCUGCGAAUGUUGAACCAAACUCAGCUGCUCCUCCUCGUUUCAGACUUCCGCAUGGUUUGACUCCAGCAGAUGUACCGACUCCUUUCCCAUCAUCCCCCGAACCGCCAGUCACUACAUCUGUGGGACGUUCUCGCCAUGUCAUCAUAUCAUCUGACACUGACUCUGCAAGUCAGGCCGACGCUUUCGCCGAUGCAAGCUCCGCCUCGGGGUCUGAUAAGGAUGACAGACAUCUGAUGCGCAUGCAGAGGAGAAUCAGAGGUGUACUACCUGCCUCUUAUCUCAAGCUUGACAGACAGAUCAGACCGCCAUCGCCUCCCACUGCGGUGUCCGAGGUUCAAACCGAAACUCCAAGACCAACUGCUCCCGUCAGAGGUGUAGCACAACGCCGUGUGACAAGCCAUUCUGCUACUCCCGCCCGUCAAACCAGCUAUGUCGUUUUUUCAGACAACACCGAGUCUGAUAGUUCGCUAAGAGAGCUUUCAGACCCUCGUCUGUUACAGACCACCCUUCCAUCACCGGUCGAUGGGCGACUGUCGGGUCAUCACUUCGCGACAAAUGACGUUGACGAGCACGACGAGAUUGAUGAGAUGUUUCCGACUGGGGAGCGGUCACGUUUCAGAUUGCCGGCGGGUCACAAGAAACAGGCUCGACUUACAGACACGUUCGGGUUUGCAAGCAAACAUCCUGCUUCGAGCAAAAGCCAUGCCAGACACAAGCGCGCUGCACCAGUUCCUUCGAUUGCAGGUGAAUCCAAGUCACAUCUCAAGACGGCCGGCAAAGCGAACAGGAGGGUAGCUCGCAAGAAGCCGCAGAAACUGAGCAUAUUGGACGUCGCAGCCUCUGUCGAGUCAAAGUCGCCGCGGGCAGCUCCUAAGCCUCAAUUCGUGCGCCUUGCCGCUCGCCAAGCUCGUAAUCGACCAGAUCAUGGCAGACACAACCCGAGCAACAAAAGUAUUCGUCUUGCUACGAGGGGAGAUACACAAGAUGCCCUUAGUCCUUUGGUAGCCUGGCGAGCGGGUGACUUGGAACGAACUUGGAACCCUCCAAUCCCUCGGAGUGCUCACUCUGUGGGCAAUGCCGACGAGGGUUCCACCUGCGAUAGGCUCGGAACUCAAGAUGGUCAACAAGCCUCAAGAUCGAUUCAGGCAAGACGACGUAGGCCCGCACAACCGCGACCUCUACCAGGCACAAAACCCGUCCAACCGGGAAGCGACAAUGCACGCAAACGUCUCGCUUCUAGAGAAAAGCAGGCAAACCAGCGGAGCUUGCUCGAACGAGAUCACCGCAUGCGACCUGCUCAACUGGAAACCAUAGCGCGUUUCACACGUCACAAUCUGGAUCCUCUCACUUUUGCAGCGCCUCCUUCCCGGUUGAUGGAAAUCUUUGCUCGUGACCGAGGACAACAGUCGGCUUCAAGCUAUCGGCUCGAGCGAUUCCUCAAGGACCAGGACCCUCUACCUGAAGCUGCUUCGGGCCAAGUGCAGGAACCUGACACGACCAUGACAGGUACUGCAGGUGCUGCUAACGGACCGCGAAGCCGCAAAAGACUCGCUCGACGGCUGGACACCGAAACAGCUCGUUUCCGCCAACCGGAUGAGCCGUUGCCUCUUGAUAAUCCUUCAGUGUCAGUGACACACCUAGGAGCUGUCGAUGAAACGCAUGCUGCCGUUGAGGAGGUAUUGCAAGGCUUAGGCUCCUUCGGCACGCGAUAUCCCACAGACUUCGAUGUCAGGCCACUCGAGGUUGGUACAUACUUUGCCUCCAGUACAUUUGUAGGCAGCGGGGACUUUCAUGAUUCUUUGACAUUGCGUGAUCGUAAUUUGGAUGUUCCUGCUGGUCACAUCACUCUCGAAGUGCCUGGUCAUUCAUUGCACUGGAGCGCAUGGGACGAGGAUGUCUCUACAGGUCUCGGUAUCAUACUCGCGGCUUGUACGGAAGACUUACAGGCCGUUGGCGAAUUCGAAAGUGCGGACAUGCGACGGACUGCUAUCGAAGAUGCCUCCGCACGAUUCACCUACUUGCUGCGAUCCACUGUAAGAUACUUGUCAGGGUGCUUACACUUCUUGGAUCCAAUCGAUCGAUCUUCCUGUGUGAAUCGCCUUGCGCGCUUCAUUGAUAGCUUCUUGGAAAUGAUGGAUGCAGAAUCUGUUGUCCUCAAAAUGCACUCUGACACACGCAAUAAUGUCGACCAUCUCGUGGUGGACUCGCUGUUAUAUCUGCUUUGUCUUACAGCACAAUCUGCAUGUAUCUCGCAUCAUCCUGCCAUCGAUGGGGGUAUGCAGAGGAGACUGGUUGACAAGUGUGUUUCUCUGAGCAAGAAAGUCAUUACAACAGCAUUGCCACCAAAAUUUACUGCUCUCCGCAAUUUCUUGGACUCGCAUCGUGAGCAUGCUCAGCGCAACUCUGGUAUUCAAGAGCGAGACAUUGCUGUCAAGAGCAUCUUGAUAGUGAAUCAUGUCCUCGAUACCACUGAAGCAGACGUCAAGCUUUCAGGGAUUCUCAGUGCGCAUCUUGGCUAUGCAAUUGAAUCGACAUGCAACAUCCAUUCCAUUGAUCAAAUAUGGUACGAUGCACUCGCUGUUCAACCUCUUCUCGAGCUUGAUGCCAAAGGUAUCUAUAGGGCUGGAAGCAGGUUUCGGGUUACCAACGACAACUGGGAUCUGAUCAAGUCAUUGCUGCAGCGGAUGUUCACCUUGUACCCGGCGACAAGCAAAGUACGCGGUCCGAAUCUGAACGACUAUAUCCGGGCAUGUCUUGCUCGAGUCUACCACCUGAUCACUCGAUGGAGUUGGCGCAGAUGUGAAGUUGCGCUUGGUACGAUCUACGAUUUCUUCGCUAAGAACGGACUUUCCCAGCUGCAUAGAGAAGAAGGCAAGGGCUCGCCACGCUUUCUCGAAGACCUCGAUAAAGACCCUACGAUUGAGCUUGAAGCGUCUGACUGUGCUUUUCACAUUUUUCUCAAGUUGCUUGUGGUGGGAUUGCGAGGCCUGCAGGAAGAUCUUCCCAAAAACAAGGUCCGCGGUUUCGCUUGGAGAUUCAUUCCUAAUCAUGGUCGAACAUACCGUAAAGAUCAGGAAGUAACCCAUGUUGCGCUCGACGCCUUGCGCAAUCACCAUGAUCUGCUCUGUACGUUAUACUGGGUCAUGCCAUCUGGCUGUGGACCUCGUUUGCAGAUGAUCAAAGACUUGGUCGACCACAGCAACUCCCAUCGAGAGGCUUGCCGUCUGAGUGUUCAUGCAUGGGGCACACUAGCGCGUUACCAGCUUUCCCAGGUUGAACACUUCAAAGACAUUGAAUAUAUGGCCUCAUGGUUCAAGGAUAUGAUUGCGACUACUGUAUCACAAUAUCGCUUCGCAAGAUCUGAAGCAGAAGCACAGUAUACCGCUGAAAGGAGUAAAGGGUCGUUCCUCAUCACGCCGGAAAUGCUGGAGUCAACCAUCACGGUCAAUCAACAAAGCAUAUUCGCUAUUCUUCAAGCCUUGCUCUUAGCCAUUCGCAACGCAAUCAGAGUGACUAAGUCAUGGCCAGCAGUCGUCAGCCUUGUCGAGCAGUCGAAUGUUGUCGAUGUGUUGAGCCUGUUCGAUAUGGAGCAACCAAGAUUAUCCGUCGCGAUCAUCCAGACAUUGGACGUUGUCGAAGAACUUCUUGCAGCAAAAGCAAGACUCUGUAGACCCAUGCAACAAGAAAGCCAGCCGGGUAGCGAUGAUAGCCAAGAUUAUGGUGACUGGUCUUUUAUGGAUCAGGUUGUCGAAGAGAAAUCCGACGCUGUGGAGCCAAAGGCAUCGAAAGUGAAUUUUCUACAAGAACCUGUAGCUGGGCUUUUGUCCACGUGCUUCGGCUCGGAUAAGAGCCCUGAUGAUGCCCUGUUGAAAAAAGUUGUCGAUGUCUGGGUUGCCGUUGCUGACCGAUCCGUCAAGGAUGGAGCACACGAUUGGUCGAGCUACGUGGACACCUACAGCACGAAAUCUUGGUUCCAACUUCGAGAAACGGAACAAAGACACAAGUACACCUGUUACUUCCUGGCUGCAGUCAUCGAGAGCGACAGAUCCAGUCUACACGACCAUCGGAAUCUGUUUAUGAAAGCGUGGUUCAUAUCGUUAUUCGAACGUGAGUCGAUGCUCAAGUUUCAACAUCGCUUUACGGCUAGUCUUCUGGAGAAAGCGACUACAGAGCCCUUGCUGCGCAACUUGCCAUUCGCCGCCGACCAUAGGACUGGCGAGUACCAUAUCACCAUGGUCGAGCUUCGUCAAAGGAGAAUCAGUCUCAUCGCCAGCAUCUUGUCGAACAUGCACUCCUCAACGAUUUCGCUCCCAACCCAUACAGUCAUGGAGACGAGAAGAGAGUACGCCGACAUGCUCAAAGCUGCCAUGCAGUACAUGCGUAGAACGUAUGAGCAACUUGAACGUUUGAUUGGUCGACUUGGAGGUCUGUCUCACGAGAGCACCCAGGGAGCCUACGUCAGUUUUGUCCACGACAUCGUUUCGCUCAUGCAGCAAUACACGUCUGACCUCUGUCCCGUUGACCCUUUCUUCGUCGACUCGUCCGCCUUCCCUCUCCCGGUGGAUGACCCAACAUAUGUCAAAGCGAAACUCAAAAGCUAUGUGUUCAAACUGGAAGAUAGUCGAGCUCGUAAACAGCUGGCUGUAUUUGUGCAGACUGUCAGUCAACGGUCAGCUUCAGAGAACAAGCAGCAAUAUCUUUACAAACAGGUACACGAAGCUCUUACCGGGAGAUCAUCACGGCUUCUCAGAGAAGUCCUAUUUACCUCCAUAUUUCCUGCAUACAUCACAUGCUCGGCGACGUCAACAGAUGGCUGGGUACUAGCCACAACACUCAUGGAAGCCAGCGCCGUGGUCUUCGACAACGUGAUCUGUGAUCUUGACACCCAGGAUGAGAACAGCAUGGAUGGUGAUGUUCAUGCCAUCACUCACAUGCUCAUCGCUGCAUACAGAUUCGCUACUAGCAUGCCCGAUAGGCCGACCUCAAAGGAUAUCGGGUCACUGCGUCUUCUCGCUGCAAUUUUCUCGCUCGCGGAAAAUAGUCUUACAUUUGUCGAUUACGUCUACCGUUCCCGCGGGAAAGCUAGUAUGGCUAAAGGUCUGCUGAAAGGUUUCAUGACCAUGGGUGACCAGCUAAGCAAUCGAAUCAUGGAUCCUUCGGCAGACGAUUAUGAUGUGGGUUUGACCACUCCAGCAGCGCAAAGCUCUGAAGGCAUACAUUGUCCUUGGCAAGACACUCUCAGCUUUGCCACUCGCAGUCUGUCAGAUUCACUUGCAAGAGGUCCACAGAGGCCUUGGGAGACGGAUCUUCAAAGUCUUGAGGUCGAAAGCAUGAGGGUAGUAGCUGCGACGGAGAUGUUCAAACGCAGCUAUGAAUUUGUCAUGGGUUGCGAAUAUGUUCCUGUUGCACGUGCUGUGGAUGAGAUUGAAAGUGACGCAGAUGACGAAGCUGAGGAGGACGAGCAGGAGACGCGUAGACAUGAACUUGAUGAGAUGACCAGAGGGAUACGAGGGUUGGGCUGGGGCAGAUUGCUGUAAAGCUAUGGAUGAUGAUAUUGCUAUCUAGUUUCACAGAUCCUAUACUAAUCAGAUCUCACCCAUCCAGCAAUGCAUCGAUUUGAAGACUUCAGCUCAAUCAGAAUCAGUUGUUUCUCGAAGAGCUUGUUUUGACUGCUUUCGGCCGCAAGAUCAUUCUGC